CUUGGUUUUACUCUUGGCAAUGUGGUUGGGAUGUAUCUGGCUCAGAACUAUGAUAUUCCUAACAUUGCAAAGAAGCUUGAAGAAUUUAAGAAGGAUGUGGAAGCAAAGAAGAAACCUCCCAGCGACAAGUCCUAAGAGGGCAGUGUUACCCAGGUCACCACUGUGUGUGCAUCAAGGAUGCAAUUUACUUUUCAGGCAACAAAGAUCAAGUAGAGGGUUGGCAUGGGAGGUUCCUCCACUUUUAGUCUCCUAAAACUGGAAUGUCCUCCUUUUGAAAGAGCAGCCAUGAACUUUUCCUGGGACUGAUUUUCAAGGGUUUCAGAAUUUGGAUUUGCAGCUGAUUAUGUGACUGAAUAAGGUUGUUUGUAUUUUUCGUUAUUGCUUUUCCUAAUAUUUUGUAACCCAUUUUUACCUGAUCCAACUGGAGUCCUGUUAGUCCUGUUAUUAUGUGUACCUGACACUUUGUAAUACCCUAGUUCUUAGAACAUUGCAAAAGAAAUUAAAUGCAUCAAGAAGUAA